GAUCUCAAAAAAUCGAAAUUACUAAAGAGUACAACUCUGGAAUUGAUGCUGUAUUUGACACAAAGAAAGAUAAAGAUAUAGAAAAUGUCGUAGAAAUACUUUCUCAUAUCGUACGAGUAUUACAAGCGCAAGCUAAUGCAGUGGGAAACGAUGCAAAACGUCAAAGAAAUAAUUAG